CCCGUGCCGUGCUGCUUGGGCUGCCUGGCCGAACGCUGGAGGUUGCGUCCGGCCGCGCUUGGCUUGCAGCUGCCCGGGAUCGGCCAGCGGAACCACUGCUCGGGCGCGGGGAAGGCGGCCCCCAGGCCAGCGGCCGGAGCGGGCGCCGCCGCCGAAGCCCCGGGCGGCCAGUGGGGCCCGGCGAGCACCCCCAGCCUGGUACGUACCGAUGAGGCGGCGGCGGGCCGGCCCUGGGCUGGGGUCGCCGCCCCUGAACUCGAGUAACAUACUCUGGGUGGUGCAGCUCGGACGCUUCCGUUUCCUAACUUUUAGACUGUUCCCUGAAAAGAAGUUACUGGCAGGUCAUUCGGUCGGGAUGAAUUUCAGGGUCACCAGCGGGGUCCACCUCCGGUCUCUGUGGCCAAGUUAGAAAUCAUCUCUCUUCCCCCUUCUAUCUGCACCCGUUGCUGGAAGGGCCGCCUCUGCAUAUUGCAUUGGUAAAGUAUGAAAACCCAUGGACAAUCCCAAACAUGUUGUCAAUGACGAGAAUUGGCUUGGCCCCAGUUCUGGGCUAUUUGAUUAUUGAAGAAGAUUUUAAUAUUGCACUAGGAGUUUUUGCUUUAGCUGGGCUAACAGAUUUGUUGGAUGGAUUUAUUGCUCGAAACUGGGCCAAUCAAAAAUCAGCUUUGGGAAGUGCUCUUGAUCCACUUGCUGAUAAAAUACUUAUCAGUAUCUUAUAUGUUAGCUUGACCUAUGCAGAUCUUAUUCCAGUUCCACUUACUUAUAUGAUCAUUUCAAGAGAUGUAAUGUUGAUUGCUGCUGUUUUUUAUGUCAGAUACCGAACUCUUCCAACACCACGAACACUUGCCAAGUAUUUCAAUCCUUGCUAUGCCACAGCUAGGUUAAAACCAACAUUCAUCAGCAAGGUAAAUACAGCAGUCCAGUUAAUCUUGGUGGCAGCUUCUUUGGCAGCUCCAGUUUUCAACUAUGCUGACAGCAUUUAUCUUCAGAUACUGUGGUGUUUUACAGCUUUCACCACAGCUGCAUCAGCUUACAGUUACUAUCAUUAUGGUCGGAAGACUGUUCAGGUGAUAAAAGACUGAUGAAAGCCAUCUAUCACCAUUAGUAAGGAAGCAGUAUACAUCAGUGGGAGCAGGGCCCGUGGAAAUCUACAGGAGUUUCCCUAUUUUGGUGUUCAGCUUGAAAAAGGACUUGUCAGAACCAACCAUGUCAUCAAAAUUUAAGUAAUGUGCAUUGAAAAUAAGGUUGAUCAUGGGAAUAUGCAGAAUUUCCAAUGUAUUUUAAAAUACAAAUAAAACUGUAAUUUAGAAUUUUUAA